AUGCACACCAGACCACCCACAUUCCUCUCUGCCCCCGUCAACAGAAACUCCACCUUUCUCUCCCUCUCUCUCCCCCCCCUCCCACCCUCUCACAAUCCCCCAUCCAUCCUCGCCGCUCAACAUCACCCACACACAAUGAACCACUUCCCCCCGGGGCCAAGCAGCUCAGCAAGCGGCAGCAGCGAACCCGUACCCCAAAGCGCGCACAGCGGGGCGUCUGGCACAUCUGGCCAUCACCGCUCCGCCUCGUCCAAUACCACCGCAACACUCGAUCCAAGGGCGCCGGCACACACUGCAUCACACGACCCUGAACAAGACGAGAGCACCACACGCGUCCAGUUGGCCUGCUUCUACUGCCGUACCAAGCGUAUACGAUGCAGCGGCACAAAACCCGUCUGUACCGCUUGCGAGAAGGCUCGCGUCGAGUGCGAGUGGCCAGCAGGUCGCCGACGAAAGCGUACCCGUCGCGAGAUGGAAGAGGCUCGUCGUGAACAGGCCGAGGCAGAAGCCAAAAAGGCCGCUACAAUGCCACCCACCAACGGCGCAUUCGAAUCAGAAGGCAUCCGUACCGUCCCUGCCAUCUGGUCGACGGGCUUGGCGCCCAUGGACGACGGGUGGGGCAACAGCAACAACUUUGUGUGGCCAUCCAACUUUCUUCCUGGCGCAUUCGAUUUCAACAACCCACCGCUCGACCCCAACUCCCAGAUGGGGACUGCGGCAACGGCUCCCACGUCUCUACCCACAGGUUCGACUUCGGCCGACGGGUUUGGCAGUUUUCUCAAAGAACAUUCGCCCGCGACUGACAUGCAACUGUUGAACGCUCUUAACCAGACGGCAUACCUCUCUGGCGACGGGACCGCCGACGACCCCCUCGAACUAUACUAUUACCGCUUCAGCGGGUCCACAGCUAUCAACCCUGGCAUUCACCGCAUCAGCCUCAAGCUGCAACGGCGACCUGGCCCAGGUGUCCCAGAGCCCGAAGAGCAGCAGUCACACGAUGGACGGUCCGACGGCGGUCGCUCUGUACGACUACCACCACCCAACCCUGCCGACCUGUUUGAUCCAACUGGCCAUCCUCACAGGCACGUGUGGGAUGUCAUGCUGGACCGCUUCUUCGUCCACAUGAGCUCGCACUUUCCCAGCGUUUCACGCAACCGCAUGAUGGAACGGUACGAGUCGGGCACCAUGAGCGCGUUCCUCGCAAACUGCAUCUGCGCUCUGGGCGCUCGGUUCGGAGAGAGCAACCCCUUGACUGGCCAAGACGGCGACCACCUCGAGGCCUGCGCACCGUUUGUGGCCAAGGCACAAGAGCUCGUCGUUCCAUUACUGCACCUUCCAGCGCACGAUGUGUGUACCGGGUUGUUGUUUCUUGCCUGGGCAAGCUAUGGCCAAAACUCGGAUGCUGGCCUCUGGCAGUUUACAGGAAUGAGCAUCCGCAUGGCUAUCGACCUUGGCCUCCACGAAAACAGUGACAUCUACGAGAGCGAGGCUCAUGUCAUUCGCACGCGCAACCUGUUCUGGUCCCUCUUCAUCACCGACACCGUCUUGGCGUUUUCCACGGGUCGCACAACCACGAUCCCCGAAGAUAUUAUCGAGAUUCCUCUGCCUGAAGACGAGGAUUUCUUCCCAGACCCAUCACGCGACUGCCCCACACAUCCGACCUUCGCCCCCAACGAAGUGAUCCAACCCGUCCCGUUUGUUUACCUGGUGCGGCUGAUGAUUGUCACUGCGCGAAUCGCAAACGUUCUCAACGGCAGGCGUGGGCGUGCACGAACACUGGUUGCCGCCGACAAACCUCUCGGGGAGCGACUUGUCGAACUCCAGGCUCGACUGGUCGCGUUUUAUGCCGCCCUUCCGGACACCAUGCGGUGGUCUGCCGACAAUUUCAAGCUUCAGCAUGCACGAGGUCACGGCAGCACUUUCCUCACCCUUCACCUCUGGGCGCAUGCAGUGCUGGCGCUCGUAUACCAUCCUGACCUCCUCCGCUCGCCAUCGGGAGUCGACACGCCACUCAGUGCGAGCAUGCCGCGCAACGUUCGCCUAGCGAGUGCCAGCUCGCGACAGAUUUGCGAGUGUAUGGUGUUUGCAGACCUUGUCUCUCACACGAGCUAUACCGCCUCGCCAUUUGUCGUACAGCCGCUGUAUGUUGCGGCCAUGGCGCUCGUGCACGAGAUGCGCAACGCUCAGACGGCGAGUGAAAACGGCAGCGCGGCGCCGAGCGACAUGUUCCUCGUCACUAUUACAAAACAAAACCUCACGGCUUUGCUUAGAGCUAUCGUUCGCACGGAGGCGUAUUGGGCGGGUGCCAACUAUGUUGCCACUAUUCUGGAGAAGCGGUCUGGCCUUUCAAUCUCAUCAUCCACGGCCCUCCGUCGCACCUUCAUCUCGUUGCCAGACCAGGGUCUGUUACGCCGCUUUCAAGUUGACCGCGACAACCCGGCCAGUGCGCAUGUUGCUCCUGCGACUGACUCGUCUCUGCGUGAGAGUAUAGCGCGGCAUAGCAGCGGUCCAAGCCCGAUGAUGAUGGCCGACCUCCUGAACGGCUACUCGAUCGAGGGCAUGAGCUUUGGCCCGGCAGGCAGCAUGGACUUUGCUCGUCUGGUUGCUGCCGGUGGUUGGGACGGUCAGCCUCACAGCGGUCAUGGCCUUACGCCAGCAGACUCGACAUCUGGUCACAGCACCUAG